AUGGCCCGCCGUGCUCCUGUAACCCCACAAGAAAUUGCUGCCCGAAUUGCGGAAGUAAGGAUGAGAGGGACUGAUUCAGGAGGAAGCCCAUCAAGAGGAGAAGAAUCAGAAGAUCUAUCAAAAGCAAUCAUCCCCUAUGUCUCCCCUCAGGAUGAUGAUUCAUCUAGCAGAAUAGCAAAAACAGGAACAUCGUCACAGGAUGUGCCUACAGGUGUUCAAGACAGAGAUGAUCUCUUGAGAUGGGUGCGUGAGUCUUUUCUAAGAGCUUACGUUCAGGGAACAGAAGAAGAUGAACAGGAGGACUCCACUACUAUUCCAGAUGUAGAAGGUUCGGGAAAUCAACAGGUUAGGGGUGAAGAUGCUGCAGAAGAAGAAGCAAACCCAGAACAAGCAGAAGAAGAUGCCAAUGAAAAAGGUACAUAUGCUCCCACGAGUGCUGAAGAAGAGGUUGCUGCUAUAUUUAGUGAGGUUCUUGGAAAUAUUCACCAGAAUAUCGAUAUAGCUGGAGACACAGAACAUGUUACUGUACAGGUUACAACAUCCCCUGCAACAUCAGAAAGUUCAUAUAGUUCUGAUGAGAUCCCACUCAAAGAUCGUGUCACCCAGAUUGCUGAAGGGAAGAAAGCAGUGUCUGAGAAGAAGGCCCUGUCAAGGAAGAAAUCCCAGAAGAAGAAGGAGAAGGUUAAAGACAAUGAUGAAGACAAGUUUCUAGAUAAAGUUUCGAAGAAGAAAUUCAAGACCAUUGUUGAAAGAGGGCUUAUUGUUGAAAGGGUGAUAGAUAAAGGAGCUUUUGAGAAGCAUGGGUUAACUGAGCUGCUGCAAGAAAGAAGUUUAUACAAGUCUGCAACAUUUGUCGAAAGCUACAGUUUGUCAUUGGUCCAAGAGUUUUACAGCAAUUUGUCACCAUCUGACAAGGGCAUCUCCAAAGUCCACAUUCGGGGAAAGUGGAUUCCUUUUACCCCAACUCAUCUGAACAGAUUUUUGGAGUUUAAACCUGAAGUAAAAGGCAACUAUGAAGAGGGGUUUGAGCUGAAUGAGGAGGCUCUGAAAGAGAUUACUGGAGGAAGAACUGAGUCAUGGGGAGAAGAGUCAAGACUUCCAGCCUCCACUCUUACAGCCAAGUACAAUGGUUUGUUUAAACUUGGCAUUCAGAAUUGGUUACCAGUCCCACACAACUCCAGUAUAGUAAAAGAGCUCGCAAUGUUAUUGUUUGCUAUUGGAACUAGCAAUAAGUUCAAUCUGGGAAGGCUAAUCUUCCAGGAUAUUGUAAAAGAAGCUGACUGUACAAGCUCCUCAACAUCACUUGCAUAUCCUACACUGCUGUCGCAGUAUUUGUUACACUAUGAGUACAACUCAGGAAGGGAGAAGCAGUCACGGCAGUGA